UUCUCACCAUGAAGCUUCUCCAUGCUGCUGUGCUCUCCAUCCUUGCGCCCGCACUGACGUCUGCCAUGGAUCCGCUCAGUGCUUACCUCAUUGUGGGGGGUGCAGCCAUCGGCUGGCAGCUCUUCUCCCCUCACUCCUGGCUCAGGUGCAGCCUCCUGGAGUGCUGCAAUGUGAAGGACACACUGAACUUCUCAGUUGUGAAGAUGGAUUUGGAGCAAAAAGUCUUUGGCCAGCAUCUGGCUGUCCAAAUAGUUCUGAGAGCUCUGAGUACGAACCUUCACCCCAAGCAGCCCAAGAAGCCCCUGGUGAUGUCCUUCCAUGGCUGGACUGGCACAGGUAAAUCGUUUGUCAGCAGUAUCAUUGCAGAGAACCUCUACCGACUCAGUGCGUGGAGAAGGAGGUUUGUGCACCACUUCAGCACGGUGCUGCAUUUCUCACACGGUUCACACGUCCAUCUGUAUAAGAAGCAGCUGCAGAAUUGGAUUCGGGGCAAUGUCAGCGCCUGCCCAAGGUCCCUUUUUAUCUUCUCUGAGAUGGAUCAAAUGCCACAUGGCCUGAUAGACUCAAUCCUGCCAUUCCUCAGCUACCGCGAUGAGAUUGAUGGAGUUUAUUAUGGCAAGGCGAUCUUCAUCUUCCUAAACAAUGCAGGUGGAGAUAAGAUAACAGAGAUUGCUCUUGAUUACUGGAGAAGGCUGAAGAGGAGAGAAGACAUUCCUGUGGAGGAGCUCCAAGAUCUGCUCUCUGAGGACAUUUUCGGGAACCCAAACAGCGGUUUCUUUCAAAGCCAACUGAUCCAGAAGAACCUGAUUGACUAUUUCAUCCCUUUCCUCCCACUGGAAUACAAACACGUGAAGCAGUGUGUCCGGGAGGAGCUGCGUGCUCAAGGGCAUCCUGAGGAGGAGGACCUCAUCACCGAGAUUGCCUCGGCAAUGGCAGACUACCCCAGCGAGGAAAGGCUCUACUCCAGAAAAGGCUGCAAGACUGUGGCCUCCAGAGUGGCUCUGAGCACCUAGGCACCAUACAGCUGUACCUCGUGCUCCUGUUGCAAGAUCCAACCAGGCAGAAGGACUCGUAUCAAUACCCAUCUGUCUACAUCUCCUUCCUUGACGGAUUUAUCCUGUUCCAGAGGGGCCUUUUGUGAAGCCUUUUAAUAAAUCACAGAAUAUCCCAAGUUGGUGGAAAGGACCCAUGAGGAUCACUGGGUCCAACUGCUGGCUCCACACAGAGCCUCCCAGUAAAGCAGACCAUAUGGCUGAGAGCGCUGUCUGGGUGUUGGCUGCAGGGCCAGCUUCCUGCACACCCCUUUGGGGCAGCACUUUUGUGCCUUGUGCUGUCACCUGCCAUGUCCCCAUCACCUGCCAUGUCCCUGUCACCAACCACUUCCCCAUCACUUCUAUGUCCCCGUUGCCUGUCAUAUCCCCAGGCCUGACGCGCUGCCCUCUCCCUUGGGCUCUAAUGAAGGAAGAGAGAGAGGAGGCUGAAGGCAGCGGCGUGGGAAGGGAAACGGCCUUUAGGUGACAGCGGGAAAACAUGGAGGGACAGCGUGGGGGACAGGCACUGGGAGCCAGAUGUGGCACUGAGAGGACAGACACCAAGGGGACAGAGUUGGCACCGAGGGGACACUGGGAGCCGGGGGUGGCAGUGAAGGGACACGACGGACAGCAGAAGUAGCACUGAGCACACAGACACCUGCAGUUGGGGUGGCACUGAGGGGACAUGGGUGCCAGGGGUGGCACUGAAGAUGCGCUGCACCCCACUGUUGGCACUGACGGAACACUGAGUACCGGGGGGGCGGAGCACUGAGGGGACACACAAUGGCGCCAGCGGCACCGAGG